AUGAUGAAUGAGGAAUGCCCAAGUUGUAAACAAAUAACAAAUACAUCAUGUUCGAGGCUUGUAAAAGACAGUUGUGGUCAUAUUAAAUGUCGUAUGUGUUUGAUAUAUGAAGAACAAGGGUGCAAAGCAUGUAAUAAUGAACACAUUGUACAAAAUAUUGGGAAUUAUGAUUGUCAAAGUUCAACAAAGGUAAAUUCAAGUGAAUUUUCUACCUUCGAUAAAAAUAUAAAGUAUAAUGAAGAAGUAGUGCUACCAUUGGAACUAGUCAUUAAUAAAGAUUCUAAAUAUAAAACCAAAAAUUUGGAAUUUUUUUCAAUUGAUUGUGUAAAUAAUUCUGACUUAUCUUAUGAAAGUACAAGCAAUAAGGAAAAAGAAACAUAUAAAUCUGCUGCAAAUGAGUGUAAAAAUGACAUUUCUGAUAAGUUAUGUACACUCAAGGCAGAAAGUGAGAAUGUAGUUUUAAGUACACAUGCAUAUUUAAGUCAUGCUUCCUCUGUAGAACCUUUAAGUUACAAUGACAGGAUAACAGACAACUAUGGUUCAGAAAUUAAGACAGAGUUUUUAAUUAACGAAAAAUUAUUGAAAAGUAAAUCUAUUAAAAGUUUCGAUCGCAAUCAUAUUUUAAUAAUACCUGGAACACCAGAAAGAUAUAAAUGCAAUAUAUGCAAUAAAAUUUUUCAAAGUAAGAAAGGACAAUGUUAUCAUGAUGCCUGUGUAACAGGUAUUAAACCAUACAAGUGUUCUUUUUGUGAUAAAACUUUUAUUAAACGUUCUCAUUUUGAAUAUCAUGAAAGGGUUCAUAGGGGAUAUAAACCAUAUAAGUGUAAUCUUUGCGAGAAAGCAUUUCCUCAGCAGAAUAAACUCAACAGGCAUAUGUACUCACAUAAUAAACAAAAACAGUUUACAUGUCCUCAAUGUAAUAAAGGGUAUACUAAACAAGAUGACUUAAAGAACCACUUGGAUUCACACAGUGGUACAGCUACAUAUUCUUGUAAAGCCUGCAAAAAAACUUUUGGAAUAUUAACUAACUUAAAACGUCACUUAAAAAUACACACAAAUGAAAGACCGCAUGUAUGCGACGAAUGCAAUAAGAGUUUCAAAGAUAAGUCUUUGUUAAUUCGUCAUAAAAAAAUACAUGGAAAGGAUCGUCCAUUCUCAUGUGCACAUUGUAAUCGAGUAUUUUUAUCUAAAAGCGAAUUAAGACGUCAUCUAACAGUUCAUUCAGAUGAGAAACCAUUUUCUUGUACAUACUGUCAUACUGUAUUUAGAAGGAAAGACAAUUUGCAUCGUCAUAUUCGACAUCACCAUCCAGAUGAUUCAGUUUUCAAGAAUAACAAAUUACAAGAUACAGUAUCCAAUACAAAUACAAACUCAAUAAAAAGUAAACUGAUAAAUUCAAAACCGAAGCAGAAACCAAAAAAGACACAAAAAUUAACGUGUAACUCAUUACCAAAAAAUUUGACUAGAGUAUCAGUUUAUGUAAGUUCUAAUGAUCAAAUUAGUUCUAGAUUAGAUUCGAUGGGUAAUAUUACACCUGUCAUCAGAACUACCAGUGAAGUAAGUAAUGCAGUUCCUGUCAUUAAUGGACCAAUUAGUAUUAAAAAACCAGAGGAUAAGACUGAUACUAGAAAGAAAACAUUUACAUAUACAGAACCAAUACCUCUCGCUGAAGCUGUAGUAAUAAACAGACGUAUUGAAGAAAAAUUGUAUUCACAAAACGUAUCCAAUCAUGAUUAUUUUUUCCGAAAUUGUUUGAAUUGUACAGAUAAGUCACAUCCUCCCCUUGCAAGUCAAGCAUGUCGCAUAAAUUCUAAUACGAAAAAUCCUAUGCAUACGACAUCUCUCAACGAAAAUCCAUUUGUAGAAUCAGGCUCAGGUAUACAAACAACUGUUACGUGUCACAAUGUGGAAAAAUAAAUUUAUAGUAAAGAGAAGUAUGUUAGGAAGUAUAUAUGUAAUGUAACAUAAUUUUAUAAGGAAUAUGUACAUAGUUCAGCCUGUGAACACUAAAAAUAGUGACAAAAUAAGAUCCAGACAUUGUAUUUUAAAAUAACAUGUAACAUAGCAUUC